CUGUAACCGCAGCCACAUAAUGUUCUAAAAAGUACCUAUUUUGUGUUGGUCUAUCAUAUAAUAUGGCAAUAAAAUUCAGAAAAGUUUGUGGUUCUGACAAAAUGUGAAAACCUUCGAGAGGUAUGAAUGAUUUUACAAGAUGCUGGAUCUGUUUAUUUCACUUGCUUUUGCACAUUUCUCUGAUUACUGGAAUUCACUAGUAACCCUACUGUUUCCUGGGUUUAUAGGCAGCACAAUAUCUGCAUGAAGAAGCUGCCAGGUACCCACGGAAAAUUCAUUACCACAAUCCUCCUGACCUGGCUAUGGAGGCCCUGGAAUUGCAUUUCCGUCUGAGUGCCUCCAUCCUUAAAUUGCUACAAGCUGCUGAGUCUAAUCUGGAUCACGACCUUUUAUUUAACCUCCUGGUUGAAGCAGCAACUGGGCCAUUCGCAAAGGGGGAAGAGAAGAGUAUGCCAAGCUUGCCAAGGUCCAAUGAAAAAGAAAAACCGCCUACGAUGAUGGAAGAAGAAUUUAAUUGUUCCUCAGUUUGCAUAGGGAACGUCCUCAGCUCCUCCCCAGCCUCUGCUGCCACCCCAGCUGUAACUUCCCCUCCUUACGUGGCCACGCCAUUUGACCACGAUUACGCCAAACGCAAAACACUCCGAAGGCAGCAGUGGCAGCAGCAACGGCAUGAGGAGCAGCAGGCUGAUGGUACAGUCCCAGUCCUAGACACUGCCUCUGGGGUUGGGCUCUUUGCCAUUUUUGCACCGGGACAGAAAGGCCCACUGGGGAGCGCUCAGAUUGCUAAUCACCAUGCUCAAUGGCUUCAUUUUCAGUCACUACUGUCCCCAUGCACUGGGUGAUUGGGAUGUGGCGAAAUGUGCAAUAUGGCUUCUGAUUAUUUGGCUAAUAAGCUUUCCAUGGAAAAUGAUAGCUACUUUGGUUGGCUGAGAGCAUUUGGGCUUAUAUGUUUUUCAUAUUUGUGCAUGUGGGGUUGUAACAUCAGUCUUUUGUGGCUUCUUCCUCUCACUGGGAAUUUAAAGUUUUUGUUUCUCCUAAAGCAUCUUCAGCUUUUUGUGUCACAUUUACACACGUCUGGUGUUGUUUCAGCAUCCAUCAGCUGUUAUUUAGCACCACACACAAAAAAAGCUGCAAAUUUGCUGUGAACUUGAAUAUAGAGCAUGUUAAGCUUAGCUGCAUAAACAUUGCAUUGUCUACAUUUCCAAGUACUUGUCCAUGUCUGAUACAUAUUUAUUAUUAAGGUUAAAUAUGUAACAGACUUUGGCAACCAUUUUAAGCAGCCUCAAAAAACAAGGUUCCAAAAUUAUUUGAUUUAAUUCGUUUUUUGGGAUUUUUGUUUCGUGUUCAGUGUUGUAAAAUCCAUUUAGAAACUGCCCCUAUUGGAAUUUUGAGACCAAUUCCAAUUCUGCAUAUUGCUUUUUUUAGGAGCUGUGAUAUAAAAAGACAUAAGAACAGCCUUAUUAAUAUUUUCUUCAGUUGUUGCUGCAUUGAGCAAUCACUUAUUUAUAUCAGGAACCCAAGCAAAUUCACAUGGGUGCUUGAGAGACCAGGCACGGUAAAAUUGGGUUUUAUUAUUACUUCCAGACAAAGACAUAAUGAGAAUGUAGAUCAUUCCCUUAACUGUAAGACUACCAAAAAGCUUCUGACAUUUCAAAAACCAGCAUAUUUCCCAUCAGACAUAAGUUAAAAGCUGUUGUCUGUUUAGCCUUCCUGUGUUGUGCUGAAAAAUGUUAGCUCUCUCACUCUCUUUAGCUGCCUGAAUAAAUUCCAGGCAUGCCUCAACAGUAGGAAAUAUAGUUUCCUUUGAAAUGACUUCCUACAUCUUUGUGCUUCCUCUGGCUUAAUUUGAAACAUGGAAAAUAUCUACCUCUGAAUCUUUUUCACUCAGUGACCACAUCCACACCAAUGAGUG